UUGAUAUCUUUGAGUCACACUCACAGAGGGACUUUUUUUUUUAAAGCCAACCUACUUCAGUGGAGUACUCGGUAGAGCAUAUGGAGACAAACUACAGAGAAACACUGCAGGUGGACUUUGAUGCAUUUGAUAUAUCUGAAGAGCUCGGAUUUAUUCUUGAAGAGCCACUGACUCACCUACCAGAUUAUUAUCAGGUGUGGUUGGACUUGGCAAAUAACCUGACACAUUUGAUUGAGUCACGUAAACUCCGAGAUCUUGUUCAUAAGAUGCCGGUUUUAAGUCCCCAUCUUUUAAGUAACCACCGAGAGCUCAGGCUGGCCCACCUUGCCCUGGGGUUCAUCAGUAUGGGAUAUGUAUGGCAGGAGGGACAACAUGAGCCUGCGCAGAUUCUCCCCAAAGCCCUGGCCUGGCCAUACUGGCUAAUAUCACGCAGGCUUGGCCUUCCACCCAUCCUGACCUAUGCAGAUUCAGUUUUAGCCAACUGGAAAUUAAAGGAUCCCACAGGGGAUAUGGAAAUUGGGAACAUGGACUUGAUUUUUUCCUUUCCUGGAGGGGAGAGUUGCAAAGGAUUUUUUUUGGUGUCAUUGCUGGUGGAGAUGGCUGCCAGUUCAGGAUUAAAGGGGGCCCUGGAGGUGAUGCACGCCAUAAAAAUCUCAGACCUAAUUGGUAUACAGAAAGGUCUAAUCAAAGUAACACAGUCUUUGAAGAAGAUGAAGGAAACCUUCCAACUCAUGCACAGUCAAGUGGAGCCAAACGCAUUUCAUGGAACAUUUAGAAUUUUUGUCUCAGGUUGGCGAGAUAACCCCAUGCUUCCAAGAGGGCUGCUGUAUGAAGGCGUUAGCAAUGACCCAAUUUUGCUGUCAGGUGGAAGUGCAGCUCAGAGCUCAGCCAUUCAAUGCUUUGAUGCUUUGCUAUGCAUCCAACAUGAGGGUGAGACAGGAGCCUUCCUGACACGCAUGAGAGAUUACAUGCCCCCUGCCCACCGUCACCUGAUUGAAACUCUGUCUGUCUGUCCAUCGCUACGAGAUUUUAUUACGACUUGCUCCAGCUCUGACCUCUGCCAGGGCUACAACUCCUGCGUCUCUGCGCUGGUGGAUUUACGGAGCUAUCACCUCAAUACUGUGGCCAAGUAUGUCAUUGUGCCUGGUAACCGUGCCAGAUCCAUGGGCUGCCCUCUCAGUGGGGUGGGUACUGCCCUCAACACCACUGGAACUGGUGGCUCGAAUCUCAUGGUUUUCCUCAAGAGUGUUCGUAACACCACCCAGAAAGCACUGAUCUUAGAAAAGCCCACAACAUCAAGAGAAACAUAAGUAAAUUAUUUAUAUUGUACUGUGUUGUGCAGACAAUGCUAAAAUAUUUUUAUAAACUGUAUUUAUGAAAUGUUGACUAAAAAUGUGUAUUUACAAUUACAGGUCCUUCUCAA